AUUAACGGGGCUGUAAUGUUUAACUCUUCUGUACAUUUUAAUGGUGCAAACUUUUCCUAUCUUUUAUAUUUAUGGAUUUUAAUUUUAAUUUACUUUACACCAAUCAUUGUUAGAUGUUUCUAUUUCCUGCUAUUAUGAUGGUAGCUUACCCAAAAGAAAUAUGUGUACAGUAGUUAAUCUCAAACCUUUGUUUUUGGAAAACUUUCUGAAAUAUUCUGUUAAAUCAGCAUACAUGUUUGAACUGAAAUAUUCAUAAAAACUAUUGGCAUGUACUUUUUUCAGUUGAAAUCGGGAAAGCUUACAGAAUGCAAAUAGUUUCACUCAAACCUUUCUGUUCAGGCACGCGAAAUGUCCAUGUCCAUUUGCCUCCAUAAUACCACUGUUUACAUAAUGCACAAUAUUCUUGUCAAAACAUUGGGUUUGGGAACUGCACGCAGGUGAGUAUCAGUCAAAUUGUAUGUUUAGUAACAACAGGUGUGUUAACCAAUAUGAGUCUCAAAUUUCAACCAAAAUGUAAAUUUAGUUCCACCUGCACAAACUUAUUUUCCUGAAGUACAUUAAAAAAACAGCAAACACACGUUACUUCUAACUUUUAUUAUUAAAGGCGCUGCUUUUUACUCUUGCCUGUGUACCUUCACAUAUGUUUAACCAGUUAAAGUGUGUGUGUGUGUGUGUGUGUGUGUGUGUGUGUGUGUGUGUGUGUGUGUGUGUGUGUGUGUGUGUGUGUGUGUGUGUGUGUGUGUGUGUGUGUGUGUGUGUGUGUGUGUAAAUGGCAAGAAAAACCAGGCAAAAAAAACCCGCUUUAAAGCUGUAUCAAGUUAUUAUGCAGAUACUGCAAUUCUCAAAUAAACAAGAGUGCUUUUUCAGAAAACCUUUAAAACUGCCUCCUGUUAUCGAGUAUCUGCUUUGAUAAAAAGCAAACAACAUAUCAAUGAUUUGAAUUAUAAUUUUAUUGGAUAUUUUCAUUUUAAAUGGAGGGAAACUCUACAGUCAAACAAUCAAAUCUGACAUGCAAAUACUCUUUACUCAACCAAAUCUCCCCGGAAAGACGCAAACGUGAUCCUCUCAUCCCUCCCUUUUAUUCAAACACCCAGAGCUUCACCAGCAGCAGUGUGUGUGAGUUGGAGGUGAAGCAUGGACCUUUCUGCUGCUGUGUUCCUCUCCUUGGGUUGGCUGAUGUUGCGGUUUGCCUGCGGAGAACUGGAUUACAUUUCUUAUAGGCAGGGGAUGCGGCUGCAAGGCAACUUCACCCUCGCUGGAUUCUUUCCUCUCCACUACCCAGAUGGACAAAGCAAUGGUCUGCCUGCUUUGGUACCAUGCAAUGAAGGUACAGCCAACAAACAUGGAUAUUAUCUUUUGCAAGCAAUGAGAUUUGCUGUGGAAGAAAUCAACAACAGCACAGGACCCCAGCCUCUUUUACCAGGAGUGACGCUGGGCUACCAGAUGUAUGACAUAUGCUCCACAGAGGCCAGCAUCCUGGGCACACUGGACCUGCUGAAGCAGCAGUAUCAAAGCCCCUCUGAGACUGAGGCGGACAUAAACUACAACAAUAGUCAACAUGCAGUGGCUUUGAUUGGGCCAGACAGCAGCAGCAACUCGUUUGGCCCCGCUGCUUUACUGGGUGCCCAUCUUAUACCACAAAUAUCCUAUGAAGCCUCAAAUGAAAUGCUAGGCAACAAGUUCCGCUAUCCAUCCUUUCUCCGCACAAUUCCCAGCGACAAGAACCAGGUGGCAGCUAUGAUCCAGAUUCUGGUCCAUUUCAACUGGACCUGGGUUGCAAUCUUGGGCAGUGACAACAACUAUGGUCUGGAGGGCAUGAAGAGCCUGUCAGAGCAAGCAUCACAAUACGGCAUCUGCAUUGCCUACCAGGGAGUUAUCCCUGCGUACUAUAAAGACACCGUCCAGACCAUGAGGACUGUGGUGGAUAAAUUACUGAACACUAAAGUCAACACCAUUGUGGUUUUCUCCAGCAAGUCAAAACUCAAAGAAUUCUUCCCGUUUGUCCUUGAGCGGAACGUGACAGGUAAGGUGUGGAUCGGGACGGAGGACUGGUCAGCGUCUUCUCUCAUAUCAGGGAUUCCUCGGAUCCACACUAUUGGGACUGUUCUUGGUGUGUCUAUCAAAUAUACAGCCAUGCCUAGUUUUGAGGAGUUUACUAUAAAGGAAAUGAAGGCUGCAAUGCAACUGAGUGACACACAGGAGGUCUUUAAUAAUACAAAUGACUGUCUACAGGGCACAGACCUGUACAGCCUCGCCAGGAAGAAGUUUUAUUUAGAGAAAUACGACAUCACUUCCUCCUUCAAUGUGUACAAGGCGGUGUACGCUGUGGCUCAUGCUCUGCACAAAGCACUUGGUUGUGAUUCUGGAGAAUGCCAAAAGAGGAACGUGGAUCCAUGGGAGCUACUCUGGUUGAUAAAGGAUGUGCAAUUCUCUGUGGACAACACCUCUGUGCACUUUGACAGUAAUGGUGACCCGCCAACAGGAUAUGACAUUGUGUUCUGGGUUUGGAGGGGCACUGAGUGGUCGCUCAAAGAGGUGGGCUCUUUCAACCCACAUCCCAUUACGCUCACAAUUUAUGCUGAUCUGAUUGACUGGCACGACACAGGAGAUUCAAGAUCGGUGCCGCUGUCAAUCUGCUCUCCACCGUGCCUGUUUGGCCACAAGAGGCUGCAGAUAGGGCAACACGUAUGCUGCUUCGACUGCAAGGCCUGCCCCUCUGCUACAUUUCUAAAUGCUAGUGAACCCACUACAUGCCAGCCAUGUCUCCCAGAGGAGUGGGCACCCCCGAAGAGCCAGCAGUGUCUGGAAAGGACUGUCCUGCUGCUCCCCUGGGACGACCCCCUCUCCAUUGCCCUACUGGUUUUUCUGGCCACCUGUCUUCUCAUGACCUCCAGUUCUGCAGUAAUCCUCCUGCUCAACCUGAACACGCCUGUGGCCAAAUCUGCUGGAGGCCGCACCUGCCUCCUGAUGCUGGCAGCCUUGACUGCAAGUGCCAUGAGCACUUUGUGCCAUUUUGGCCAGCCUUCUCCUCUGGCCUGCAUCCUCAAGCAGCCUCUAUUCAUCUUCAGCUUCACUGUGUGCCUGGCCUGCAUCACCGUGCGCUCUGUUCAGGUUGUCUGCAUUUUCAAAUUUGCAUCCAAGCUGCCACCGGCCUAUGACAAAUGGGCUAAAAACCAUGGGCCAGAGUUUACCAUUUUUGUGGUGUCUGUCACCAUCUUGCUAAUUUCUGUACUCCGUGUGGCCCUUAACCCCCCCAAGCCCUCAAAGGAUCUGAACUUCUACGAGGACAGCAUUGUGUUGGAGUGCAGUAACACCCUCUCUCCUGGUGCGGCCAGUGAGCUGGCUUAUGUAUCACUGCUCAGCGUCCUCUGCUUCUCUUUCAGCUACAUGGGCAAAGACCUGCCAGCCAACUACAACGAGGCCAAGAGUGUGACCUUCAGCCUCAUGGUGUACAUGAUGUCCUGGAUGAGCUUCUUCACCCUCUACCUCGUCAGCAGAGGCCCGUUCACCAUUGCUGCACAUGUUUUCGCCAUACUCUUCAGUGUCCUGGCCUUCCUCAUGGGCUACUUCUUUCCCAAAAUCUAUAUUAUUGCCCUGAAGCCCCAAAUGAACACACCCGCACAUUUCCAGAACUGUAUUCAAAUGUAUACCAUGAACAAACAAUGAAGCAUGUAAAUAUUUGAGUUGUAUGUGGCAGGUAUAUGGGGUAGUAAAAUUGGGACAUCACAGGUUAAGUGUCAGUUUUAAAUGUAUUUUAGAACUAAAUGUAAAACAUUAAUUGUAUGUGUACGAGAAUCUCUAUAGGGGAAAAGAAAAUAACUAAAAAGGGCUUUAUGUAGCUGUGCUCACAUUUGUAAAAUCCAACUUAUGGUGCUAUUAAUAUCAAUAAAGGAUGACAGCUGUUAACAAAAUGUUGGGGAGGACUUUAAAAUGCAUUUAUAACCCCUGUCUACCUCGGAUGACAUGGUCAAAAUGGGACAACCUUUUCCAUUAUCAUAUUAAUAUACUCAGCUGCUCCAAACCCUUUAACUAUACAAACGUAAGUGUAUAAUGAAAGUGCUUUGAUUACAAG